UAUACUGCUAAAACCGGCAAAAUUGAGUCGCCCACCCCCGAAAAUGCGGGCACGGACCCGCCGAAGAAGAAGACCAGAUUCAGAGAUACUGUUCGGUUUUACUUGACCGCCCUUUUCACUCUCGUUGCUAGCUUUAGUUCGUUCGCCUUCCUCUUCCUCGUCCCCUUCGUCAUCGACCCUGCCUUCUCCACCAUCUUCGCCGAAUUCGACCCCGACCCGGUGACCUGCGUCACCAGGAACUCUGAAGUCCGCACUGGGCUCAGCAACUGCUCGUGGUCGUCAUGCCGCGAGGGCUGCACCAAAGAGAUCUUCAAAUGCUCCCACAUCUACGUCAACUACAAGCGUGACCCCGGUGGGGAGCUCGCGGCCACAAACUACACCGACCCAGAGCUCAUCGAUGGCAUCACCUGGGACAUCCUGGGUGCCCAGCUCUACCCAAAUGUGAAAGGUUGUGGAUAUCCUCCUAAAGUCAACUGCACCGAAUUCAAUAGGAAUUACAGCACUCCAGGCAGGACUUUCCCCUGUUAUUACUCGAAGCAGCAACGCGUCAUGGUCAUCACGGAGCUGGACAUCGAAGGCAUCAAGCAGGAUUUGAUUUACGCCAUCGUCAUUCCCUGGGGCUGUUUCUUGGUCUCCAUCCUGUACCUCCUCUUCACCUACGUGGGUAUGAGGAAGCCCGAGGCGGAGGCGGACGUCCCUCAAGAAGUCAGUUCGGCCAAGGCGUCCAAGGAGGCCUCCAACUACUCGCUGAGGUCGAUCGGGAAGACCAUCAACGCCGGGAUGAACAAGAUCAUGGGGGAGCCUGACGACAAGGGUGCUCAGCCUGGAGGCGAAGGCGAAGGAGGUGGCGCCCUGAGCGGCGGCGGAGGCGGCGGUACGAAGCAAGCCACAGGCCCCGCCACUUCGCCAACUUCCCUACUGGGCUCCCACUUGCUUCUGAUGCCCGCGUCUCUGCCCCAAGUUCACCCAAACCGCCGAUCCACCCUGCCACCCCUUGACAGGACGCCGCCAUUGCCCAGACCUGCAAGUCAAACGUAUACUUUGCAGCUAGGAGUGGUGUAUGCCGACUGGAGAGGAAGCCACCAAAAUGCCACUGACUUAUUUCCUGAAGCCGAGUUCACGGAGAAGCCCUCAGGUUGACAGUGGGACCCCGGGGGAGAGAGGAGGCAAUCCUGGCCAGAGGUCCCGAAGAAGUGCCCCCCAGUGCCCAGGGCAGAGGUCAAGAGGGAAGGGCCUUGUAUCUUUCGAGUCCCUGUCUGCUGGUCUAAGUGUGAGUCGCCCCCUGAGUUACCCUGACUUUUUUUUUUUUCUUUUUUUCGGGGAGGUCUUCAACACAUCGUAUACUGUAAUCUUGCAUAGCUAACAUGUAUACCCCAUUAGGCAUAACGUUCACUAAGUGUUCUAUGCAUUAAGUAAAAAAAACACUGUGUUUUAACUCCAUCCAUCAGCUGUAUAAACGUGCAGUGUCAGAUAUUAUAAUACUCCCCUUUGCUGUCAAACUAUCGGUGUCUUAAAAACCACGUAAGAGAUAACGCUCCGUUUCAGAUAGUGUAAGAGAAUAUGUAUCGAAACCUUUUGUUAGUUUAGCAAAUGUGUCAAAUUUUAUAAGAGAACGGUUAUAUAUAUAUAUAUAUAUAUAUAUAUAUAUAUAUAUAUAUAUAUAUAUAUAUAUAUAUAUAUAUAUAUAUAUAUAUAUAUUCCCUGAGAUGUGCAACAGAGAAAUUAGGUGACAGAAACCAGUUAGUCUGUGAUGAUACGGGAACAAAAGACAGCUGUUGAAUUGUGCUCAGACGAAAUAGGGGAAUUGAAACAUCUUAACAGCAAAAGGGACAGAACUCGAUCUCUUUCGGGUCCCAGAGGGUUUUCUGUAACAGGCAGGGUGGGUUGACAAGAGGGAGGGAUUCCAUCAAUAGUAUCCCCGUGUCCAAAUUAUAAGUAAAACUCUGGCUAGAGUUUUGUCAGCCAUUGUCAGCAGCUUUUUGGGUGAGUUGUGUCAAUCUCUCUCUCUCUCUCUCUCUCUCUCUCUCUCUCUCUCUCUCUCUCUCUCUCUCUCAUCAGGUUUCAUAUCAGUAGUGUGAAUCUAUAAACGAAAUGUCAGUGUGUUAAUAAAUAUUUUCUUCACAUCCCAUAAUGUGAUAACGAUUGAGGAACGGAUGUCAAUUGGAGGAAAGUAUCGUCAGUGCUAGAUGAACUGAGAGACUCCUGCUUGGAGUGGACCAAUACCAUUCUUUUUCCACUUUUUUAAGUUGUCUCAGCUCUUUUGUAUACAUUUUUAAAUACUGAAGAAUCCAUUUUCAUCCUCACUCAAUUCCUUACGUGUGCCAGAUGAUAAUAUUAUAAAAAAAGGAAUAUAUUUUGGUGUGUACAUAAUGACCUUUGCCCCCCCUAUUUUUCUGGUGCUGCAUGGCAUGUAUGUCUAUAUAUCCUAUUUCUACCAAAGAAACGAGAAGAAAAAGAGCGACAGAUCCUUCUGAAUGAAGUGGUCUCGUGUCGUGGCCGCGAUAGGAUUCCACGGUUUGACCUGGCGCGAUGGAGUGGUCACUUCGACCCUCCUAGUCUCAUUCAAGGAGAAUUUCAGUUUGCGGAGAAAUAGGCUGAUGGCGUGUGUGAGCAUAUAUGCAAGUGAGUUAUAUAACAUAAAGCACUCACGCGCAUACUCACACACACACACACACACACUCGAGCACGUAGAUUUAAUGUUUUAUAUGUAUGCGUUAACAUAAGUAUAUAGAUAUAUGCAAAUAUAUUGAUAUACAAAUAGAUGUCUAUAUGUAUAUCAUAUAAAUGUGAAUGCGCGUGUGUGCAUGAAUAAUGCAGUAUUUGUGAACGUAUAUAUAUUAAUUGUGUUGAACUUAAAUCUCUACUUUGAGAGUUAUCAUAAAUUUUCAUGACAAAAAAGCCGUAACAUCAGCUGAAUAUUUUAUAAGGACUUCGUACUUCCUUAAGAUUACUGAUAUAUAACUGUUAAUGUUCAUAUCUUGGAUUCUUUCAAACAUCUAUCUGAUGCUUAACGAAAACCUCAUUUAAAUACACUCAUAUGAUCAACACAGUAGCUUAUAAGACCAAGUUUAUACCCACAAAUAAAUAUAGUAAACUUUCAACUGAUAUCAGUACAUGUACGUAUGUAUGUUUGCACACACGCAGUUCAGCUCUUGGCAUAUAGACGCAUAUGAGUGUGUGUGCGUAUGUAUGUUUGUGCUAUAUUAGAUUCACAUCACCCGUGCAUUUGAUGUCUAGGCCAGUCCCUUACGACGCUCCUGAUUGGCUGUUAAGCCAAUGACAGAGCUGGAAAUUCUCAGUCUCUCUCGAGAAUUCACAAAGGCAGGGUGUAUGUUCCACGUCUCCUGAGGGAUACGUCUUUCAGGAGAGGUGGAACAUACAUCCUGCCUAUGUGAACUCUCAAGAGAGACUGAGAGUUUGCAGCCCUGUGAUUGGCUUAUCAACAGCCAAUCAGGAGCGUCGUCAGGGACUGGCCUAGACGUCAAAUGCACGGUUGAUGUGAGUCUACUAUAGUAACCGCGAGUUGACACUCGCAUAUAUGCAAAAAAUGACCUAACCGAACUGAAAGGAAACAACGGCUGUCAUUUGGUAGAACUGCUUUAACUGAAUUUUUAGAUAAGAACUGCACAGAACUUUUUCAAUAUUGAUUUUAGCUUCCCAUACUCACAUCUUAGAGCAAAUUCCAUCGCUUACAUCAAUGAAGUCUUGCCAAGGGAUGUACGUAAUACGUAUACAUCCCUUUUCCACCCAUACAAAAAAAAAGAAAGAAAAAAGACAUUUUAAGUUCAAACUCAUAGGCUAUAGGACCUCCGCGUUCCCUUCUCUUUGAUGAAAGUGUCUUAUCGAGUUUUACUUGUCAGUUUUUCUAAUCCUUUGAAGUGAUGUCUUUUUACACACGAUGAACAAUUAUUAAUUAGCCCUUUUUCAAUGAGGUAGCGACCGAGUAGAGGCGUUAACCACUCCUGGGAAACUUUUGUGGCACUGAGUGGAAUCUUUUUUUUUUUUUUCCCUUUCCCCACCUUACUAUUUUCGUCUUGAUUAUUCUUUAUAUUUUAUUAUUGCGUAUUUGGUAAUAAGCGUUCAUUGGGGUUUCAUGCAUUUUGAUAUUGUGUUUCCAGACGUUAUUACUUUAGUAUUAUUAUUAUUAUUAUUAUCAAUGUUUUUGUUACUCAUUAUAAUGAAGCAAUGCAGCUCUCUCCCAUUAUUAUUAUUAUUAUUAUUAUUAUUAUUAUUAUUAUUAUUAUUAUUAUUAUUAUUAUUAUUAUUAUUAAAAACAAUAUAUAAAAUCAACUCGCUUAAUUCUGCCAAUCUUUUUGACAGCAUUUGCCUAAAAGAGGGUCUUCUACCAAAAUAUUAUUAUUAUUAUUAUUAUUAUUAUUGUUAUUAUUAUUAUUAUUAUUAUUAUUAUUAUUAUUAUUAUUAUUAUUAUUAUUAUUAUUAUUAUUAUUAUCCAGUAACUUUGAAUUUAAACUGCAAAGGACUUGACAUCUUUUCUACUUGGGCCAAUGUCCAAAGAGUCAUCAGCUUAUUACCAACUAUACACAAGUAGUGUUUACCCAAGUCUCUCUCUCUCUCUCUCUCUCUCUCUCUCUCUCUCUCUCUCUCUCUCUCUCUCUCUCUCUCUCUGUGUGUGCUAUUCAUUUGUGCUUGAUGUCGCCUUAGAGUGAUGAUGAAUAUAAUGUCACAACCACAAGCCUCUGUUUAGAUGAAGAAAAUACCAGUUCAAGAUUAUAUCGAUGGCUAAUCAUAAUAAUAUAAAUAGUGUGUUUCUUAGUAUUAAGGAAGGUUUAGCCAAAUUCUUCUGUAUGUCAUUGGACCUUUCUUCUCCAUUUUCUCUCCCCGUUUUCUAUUUCUGCUUCUUACUCUUCUUCUUCGCCUCCCUUUUUUCGACUUAGAGAUCAGUUGACCCAUUUCUGUGGACAUUUUUUGGGGCAACCAAUUUCAGUUGUAGGGAUUAUUUGAUGGCUAAACGUAGCAGUAAUUCUGGUAGUUGGAUAUGUAUGUAUAAAUAUAAGUGUAAAUGUUUAUACAUAUGCAUUCUUUAAAAAACAAUUUUUCAUUUAAACAAUAUGGUUUUUUGUAAUGGUGUGCUAAAAUAAACAGUGCCAUAAAU